UAUUAACCAGGCUAAACCUGAGGGUGGGGGGUGGGGGGGUGAAAAACAUACUCAUCGGAAACCAUUUUCCUUUCUGAUAUGGAUUCAGCCUGCAGCUCCUGACAUUUACUGAGCUGAGAGGACUGUGAGUAGAAGACGCUGGUGGAGUUUACACAGUGCACUGAGAGCAGGUAGAUAGACCGGCACGUAAACAUUUAGUGUAGGAUGGAGGAAGCAUCAGAGGACAGAGACAAGAUGACCAGCCAACAGGCUCUGUCUGAGCCUGACCAGAAGAACAGAAAACGCCUUGGCAUCUCCACUCUCAAAUUGUUUAUUGUGGCGCAGUCCUUUGCCUGUUUCUCCAAGGCUCUGACAGGAACCUACAUGAAAAGCUCCAUCACUCAGAUUGAGAGACGUUUUGACCUUUCCACCACACACAUUGGACUCAUAGAUGGCAGUUUUGAGAUGGGCAACUUGUUGUUUCUUGCUGUGGUCAGUCAUUUUGGGGCCAAGCUGCACCGGCCCAGAAUCAUUGCUGCAGGCUGUUUCAUCAUGGCUGUAGGGGCCUUUCUCACUGGCCUGACACAUUUCUUCAUGGGACGCUACAAGUAUGACACAGUCAUUCAGGUUUUCCAGAACGACAGUGUGAACAUUGCUGCCUGUGUGGAUCCUCUGAAAACAGAAGAAGUACCUGAAAUUCAGCUACAGCCUUCUGUGGAAGACAACAAAGUCUGUGUGAGAGAGUCUGGUUCCAACAUGUGGAUCUAUGUGUUCCUCGGGAAUGCUCUGCGGGGGAUUGGAGAAACCCCGGUAACACCUCUGGGCAUCUCCUAUAUUGAUGACUUUGCUAAAGCAGAAAACUCCCCUUUCUAUAUAGCUUGUCUCCAGACCAUUACUCUCCUGGGGCCCAUGUUUGGUUUCCUCUUAGGCUCCUAUUGUGCCAAACUAUAUGUCGAUAUUGGUUAUGUUGAUAUGGAAAGUGUGACCAUCACUCCUAAAGAUGCCCGCUGGGUGGGCGCCUGGUGGAUGGGCUUCCUGGUGUCCUCCGCCUUCCUGCUCAUCUCCAGCAUUCCCUUCUGGUUCCUGCCCCGCUCGCUGCCAAAGCAGGAGGGAGAUGAGGGCAAGCCAACUCCCACCCCUGAGAUCCUUGAUAAAACAGAGGAUACCCUCAACACCAAUCACAACCUCAAGUUGACUGAGAUCGCUAAAGGGUUUCUUCCCUCAUUGAAGCGCCUGUUAGGAACUCCUGCUUACUUCCUGCUCCUUUGUGGGAGCAUCCUGAAAUUCAACUCUUUCAUUGGCCUGUUUACCUUCAAAGCCAAAUACAUGGAGCAGCAGUUUGGACAGUCUGCAUCUAGGGCCAACUUCCUCAUAGGUGUGUUGAACCUGCCAGCAGUGGCAGUUGGGAUCUUCCUGGGAGGGCUCCUCAUGAAGCGGUAUAAACUGAGUUUGGUAUCAGGAGCUCAGCUCUCCUUUGCCACAUCCUUCAUGGCAUACCUCCUUCUGCUGCUGCAGUUUGGCACAAAGUGUGAUAACAUUCCCGUUGCUGGGCUCACCGUCUCAUACAACGGGACGCAGACUGUGUCAUCCAACAGAGAUAUGCUCUUCUCAGAGUGUAACAGAGACUGCUCCUGCUCAGCAGAGGAGUGGGACCCUGUGUGUUCAGACAGCGGCAUCACCUACAUCUCUCCAUGUAUGGCUGGCUGCCUCAGCUCCAGUGGAUACGGCAAGAACACAGUCUUUCACAACUGCAGCUGUGUGUCUGCUUCCUACCCAGCAGGCAGCAGUACGUCAGUAAGGUUGGGCCAGUGUCCUCAUGCUAAGGACUGCAGCCGCAGUUUCACCUCCUACAUGGCUGUGUCUGUUCUUAGCUCCUUUAUCAACUCUCUGGGAGCCACACCUGGCUACAUGGUCAUCAUACGAUGCAUCUCACCAGAGCUCAAAUCCCUUGCGCUGGGUAUCCAGACCAUGUUAACUAGGACUCUUGGUGGAAUUCCUGCACCUGUGUAUUUCGGAGCCCUGAUUGAUUCAACUUGCCUCAAGUGGUCAGUCAAGAUGUGUGGGGGCAGGGGGGCAUGUCGAAUUUAUGACUCUGCUAUGUACAGGGUCAUCUUCCUGGGUCUAAUCACUUGUCUCAGUGGUUCCUCAUAUUUCUUCAUCAUUGCUGUCAUCAUCCUCCUUAGACGACAGUUUCGUAAACCGGAACGAGAAACAGAGAUGCAGCAUACAAAAGCUUCAAAGGAAAUUGAACUUCAAUCCACAUCAAGUCCCAGUGAGGAGCCUAACGUUCCUAAAACUCCCAAACUGUCUCAUGCUCCCAAAGUUUGUGGAAGGAUCACAACACAGCUGGAGAACACCCAGGAGAGGCAACAGCUCAGAUCCGUGACAGAGACCACUGUUGAGUUUAGUCCUCUUCCAAGAGAGGAAGCAAAGAUAGAGACGAACUUGCUGCAGUCAGAGGAGGAAGUAAAAGAGGGAAAAGAUGAGUUUUGCAAAGAGACAAGUGCACAGGUGGAAAAAGAAAUGUUGAUCCAUCACGCGGAUGACAAGAAUGAGUUAGCGAAAGAAACAACACAGAGCAGAGAAACUAAUGGACCACAAAACUAAAGUGCUCACCAAUGUGUUAUCUAAAACACAGUCAAACAAGGCCAAGCGGGACCAUUGUAGAAAUUUUACUGAGUUUGACCAAAAGUCACAUUUACUUGGAAUGUCAGGAGGGAUUGCUUUUUCAUCUGGGCUAUAGCAUGCUCUAUCAUAACAGUAUUUUCCACCAUUUUGUUACAGGAAAUAGCUGUUAUAUUACACUCAGUCCUGAAGAAGAAAAGGGCUUCCAGUGGUCUCAUUUUCACAGCUGUAGAAGCAUUCGAUGAAACUUGAAAAAGCACUGAUGUGCAGAGUGACAACAUGAUUACACAGUAGCCUUGCAAGGCCCAGCCUAAAAAACAUUAUAGCUUAAACGUCUUGGUCAACAUAAAUGUUUUUCUUUUUAUGUCAAUAAAUGAAUCAUAGAAUGUGUUAUAUAACUGUCACGUUACAUUUUGCAGAUCUGAUCUAUGUACACGUGCGACCCUGUACGCAGGAUAAGCGGUUGACGAUGGAUGGAUGGAUGGAUGGAUGGAUGGAUCUAUGUACAGUCUCAAACAUACAUGGAACCAUUGUUACACAAUUUCACGCUGUAGACACAAGUUAUGUAAAAAUGAUGUUCCUGUUCGGUUCCAUCCUCACAAGUGGCUAAUUAUGUGCUAAAAUGGCAAAUUGAGAAUACAGUUUUCAAAUGUAUGUAAUUGUUAAUUAAACCUGAAGGAAAUUGAUUUUUUUGGCCCCUUGGGGUCAGCACAACAAGCUGUAAAUACAAUACUGACUCAUCUUGUGCUUAUCAUAGGCUUAUUUGCACCUUGAGCAGUUCAAUGGUGUUGCAUUUGAAGGUUUUUUUUAUCCUUUCCUUUUUAGCACUUAUUCAUAGUGGGCAUGUAAAGUUUCCACAAGUUUUAAACACAAAUACUGGCAUCACCUUUUAAGUUUAUAUAGAAACUUGGUAACAAACACUUGCCUAUUUAAAUAUCCAGCACACCGGAAGAUAAGCCCAAUAUUCACUCUCCUUUAAGCUUUGGUUUGCUCCCAAAAUAUAUGGAAAUGAUCUGGUUCUUUAGCUGCUAAAUCCUCCAUUAUGUUCACCAGCUAGUCGCUAACUGUCUGUCUGCUAUUAUUAGAACACCUGUCUGCUCUGUAUGGCAAUUACGCUGAUGGGAGCUGUCAGAGUCAACCAAAACAGUUAAACGAUGCUAUACAGCUGAAAAGAACUGCAGUCAGGUGAUAAUUCUCUGUGGGUUUGUCACUACAAGCAACAUCUAUCACAUUACAUGCUUUUUAAAAUCUAUUAAUACUACAAAAUACUACUAAAAUAUUGAUAAUAGCAGCUUUAAAUUUGAGUAAAAGUUAGAUAUGUUUGUGUGGACGCAUGCACAUCUCAUGUCUUGCAUUAGUUGCAGAGAGCAGUAAAACUGAACAAAAUUGAA